CCUUCCAGUGAUAUGUGCGUCGGUUGGUGUAAUCUGCUGGCAGCUGAAGAAGGUAUCAACAAAUUAUCUCGUGAGGAGCGCAAUUUUCCACCGGGAGCCCCCGAGUACAGAAAACGUCAUCGAUCUGAGGGCCUGCUGGCGUUUACCGGUGGCAAAAAAAAUAGGAAAACUACGGAUUUAAUUCCAUGGGAUUCUACGCCGUUCAAAAGGAAAUUUCAUAUCAUUUCACCACAGCAGACCGCUUUUAGGCUCUCGAAAAAAAAUGUGUUGGCCGGAAGGGCUCGAAAUGCUGCUACCUCGAAAUUUACGGAGCCGGGAACCCAGCCCAAGUGUCCGGAGCCAAGAAGUAUCAACCUGCGAGGAUCUAUCCGAGGACAGCGAUGGCAGGUUGCUGGCGAAAGUUAAAAACAGAAACGCGCGGAUCUUUGUUAAUUGUAGGUGGCAUUUAUGAUAAAAAAAUAAAUACAAAAUUUGAAAUUGAUAGAAUAAUUUUAGCAAGUGGCUAUAAUUUGAACAAUAAAUAUGAUGACUACCAAAAUAAACGUAAUUUGAUUCUACAAUAUCUAUAGUUGAACGAUUAAAAUCAAUCAUAGAAAUAUAAUGGAAUCUAUUAUAUUUACAAUUAAACCAAUU